UGCUCUGUUAUGGUACGUGCGGCAACACGUGCUUUCGCUACACCUUUUUGUUAGCCGAUUAUUGUUAAUUAUUCUAGUUUUUUACACUAUUAAAUUGAAAUGUCAGUAAUACAUAGUUCAUUAUGUGUAACACAUGUAAAUAUAACUCCGUUAUGAAGUUACUUAAAGUACCAAGUUCUCAAUAUAACCUUAUUUAAAGAAAUUGCCAAAAUGGCUGAGGAAAACGAAGAUACUUCUGAAGAUAGUACUGAUGUUUUUAGUUCAAAGUUUGAUCCAUUGAAAGCAUUCUAUACGGAUGGACUAAAAGUUCCAGAUGCGGAAGCACCAAUAUUUGAUAAUAUCAGCAAAUUUGAAACCUUUUGUUUGAAAGGUCUUACUGCGAAGAUAAUUGACAGAGAUAUGCAGAAGGGUGUGGAAAUAAAAUCGACUUCAAGAUCAUUUAUUUCUCAAGAUUCUACUCGAUCAAUUCUAGUUGAAAGAAAAAAGAAAUGCUCUGAAAAGAAUAUCAUUGACCGAAUGGCAAAAUGUUUUGGUCCUUUAUCUGCUCUGUACCAAUACAUGGAACAUAGAAUAAAAGUUAAGAUUCACACCAGAAGCGUUGAUGGUAUUGGAGGUCACAUCGAAGCCUACAUCGCUGCUUUUGACACUCACUGGAAUCUUGCACUGGAAGAUUGUAUGCAGGUGUGGACAAGAAAAAUUGUUAGAAAAAGUGCAGGAGACUCUCAUAAGAAAAUAAUAACGAAGACAAAUACUAAUCAUAUGACUGUUGUGAAGAAGAAUAAACGAAUGGAAACAUUGGAACGGCACAUUUCACAAUUACUACUCAGGGGUGAACAAAUUGUUUCAAUAGUAAGGAUGGAAUGAUCAAAUAAUUUUUCAACAGUCACAAUGAGCGCACGUAUUUUGCAAAGUCAAAGGAUGUUUAUCGUGUUUUUAAACAUUUUCUAAUAAAGAUAUUACCAUAUUUUUUAUUUUCAAAUUUUUAAAUAAACUCUAAUUUGUAGUAUUUUGAGUUUAUCUCAUUUAUAUCAUUAAUUACUAUGCGUCUAGUUUUUUGUUUUUGUAAGAGUAAACUCUCUUAGGAGGAAAAGCCUUUCAAACAGUGUUCUAUUUUUCUAGUUAUUCACUCGAAGCAUGCGAGUAUUUUAAACUU